GCUCGCAUAAACAAAUUGACAUAAUUUAUUCAUCACAAAAAUCAAAAUAAAGUCCUAUUUUAUUCGUUUAUCAUAAAGUUAAAUCGUAACUGCAACUGCUGUUAUUAUUCUUUUUCGAGUAUUUGGUUUUUCACUGUCUUAAUACAUACAAUCAAGACAGAAAAGCACUGUUUACAAGCGGUAGCGGUUGAGAUCUCCUGCAUCCGUCCCCCACGGAGACUCGCAGCGAUGCGUCGCGACCCCGCAGACAUGGCUCGGUGAAGCGAAUGGUGGUGCGACUCAGUCGCGUCAAGGGGUUAGAGGGGCGCCGUAAUGACGUGGUGUUCACGCCGUGCGCGCGCCGCGUGCCAGCGCCGCCCGCGCUCGUGUUCUGGGGCGGCGACGUGCAGGACUAUCCGGAGAUUAUGCAGGCGCACCGCGACAAUCGGAACUAUAUCAAGUGGAACCUCGAAAACACGGCUCGCAUCCUCAGUCAAAACUUCCCCACCUACCACAUUGUAGUCGUUCGGCCCUCCAGGAUCGAGUACAAGAGCUUCAGUUGCUAUGACAACUUCGUGCCGAGCAACAACGCCGGCGUGCCCGAGCACACGCCCACGCACAGCGCGCUGCUGCACCUACAAAGGUUACUGCAAGAAGUGAGUAAUCAAGUGAAGAAGAUCCCCGAACAGGAGCUGCUGGCGGGCCUGGAGGCCGCGUCCGAGGACACUGAAGAUUCGAACAGUACAUCGCCGAAGCAAGGUAGCUCGAACGGCGCGGCAAGUCCAGCUCAAGAGACUCUCGAGCCGCCGGCGAGCCGUCUGUGGUGGCGGCCGAGCUUAGCGCUGCAGGACUCCAAGUUGGCGCUGGUGGGCUUCAGUAAAGGCUGCGUGGUGCUCAACCAGCUGCUGUACGAGUUUCACUACACACACACGCUUACGCCGGCGGACACGCAGGCCACAAGGUUCAUCUCUAGCAUCUCAGCGAUGUACUGGCUGGACGGCGGGCACGCGGGCGGCCGCAACACGUGGCUCGGCUCGCGCUGCCUGCUGGAGACGCUCGUCAGGCUCGACGUGGAGGGCUACGUGCACGUGAGCCCGUGCCAGGUGUGCGACGAGGCGCGGCCGUGGAUCGACAAGGAGGAGCGAGCCUUCACCGCCAUGCUCAGGAAGUUAGGCGCCAAUAUCCACCGCUACCUGCACUCGGACGGCACGCCAGUGACGCUGCUCACACACUUCAACGUGCUCGGCCACUUCCGCAGCCUCCAGGACUCCGGCGCUCCCAGCGCGCCUCCUGACUCUGACACCGACGAGAGCACCAAAUAAAACAUAAAUGUUGUUCAGAUCCACCGCUACCUGCACUCGGACGGCACGCCAGUGACGCUGCUCACACACUUCAACGUGCUCGGCCACUUCCGCAGCCUCCAGGACUCCGGCGCUCCCAGCGCGCCUCCUGACUCUGACACCGACGAGAGCACCAAAUAAAACAUAAAUGUUGUUCAGAUCCACCGCUACCUGCACUCGGACGGCACGCCAGUGACGCUGCUCACACACUUCAACGUGCUCGGCCACUUCCGCAGCCUCCAGGACUCCGGCGCUCCCAGCGCGCCUCCUGACUCUGACACCGACGAGAGCACCAAAUAAAACAUAAAUGUUGUUCAGAUCCACCGCUACCUGCACUCGGACGGCACGCCAGUGACGCUGCUCACACACUUCAACGUGCUCGGCCACUUCCGCAGCCUCCAGGACUCCGGCGCUCCCAGCGCGCCUCCUGACUCUGACACCGACGACAGUACCAAAUAAAACAU